UUGAGCAUACGAUUUUAUUUAACUAAUAAUUGUUGAGCGCAAGAGAAGUACAAAUAUAAGUGAACUUCAGCAAAAUGCAUUUUGUAUUAUUUGCUUUGUUAUGUGUACAGAUUCUAACGGCUGCCAAGUGCCAAUUAAUACCGGAAGAUGUAACUAAAUGUCGCUUUGGAGAUGUUGAGUGUAUCAAAGAUUCAAUGAAUGCUUUAAUCAAGCAAUAUCCCAGAGGCAUACCUGGUAUGGGCCUCAAGCCCAUAGAUGUUGUAGACUUUAAGGGCUGGGAAGUUUUUAAGACUGCACCAAAUGGACGUAUCUGGCUUACUUUUAAAUAUUUCAACACAACUAACUAUGGCUUUGAGAAUAUGACAAUCACAGAAGUAAAGGGAUUUAGCAAAGACCCAACUGCAACCAGAAUGGAAAUACAUGGCUACAUACCAAGUCUUAUACAUAAAGGCAUCUAUGCAGCUAGUGGACGUAUUUGGUUUAUUAAUGUAAAUUCAACGGGAAAAGCUAUGUCGGAUUUACAGAAAGUUCAGUUCACGUUGAAACUAAAAGUAAUACUUGAGUACAGAGAUAAUAAGCGUUAUUUAAGAAUCGAUGAACUUGUGCCCAUAAUGGAGAUUAGUCGUUGGAUCUUUUCGCUGCACGAGUUCUUUGCUGAAAAUACAGACUUGACAAUAGCAGUUAAUCGUGUAAUAAACGAUAAUUGGGUUGUAUUUUGGAAUGAGCUGGAGCCGACAAUUUUAGGCUUAUAUACAAGUGUAUUUACUAAUUUGAUUUCGGAUGUUUUUGAUAAAGUUUCUUACGACGAUAUGUUUAUAACAGAUCAAGCGUAUGCUGCAGCUGACUAAGCAGAAAUAAAGUCUUACUACU